GCACGCACACACCCGUAGACCGUAGUACACACAACAUACAUGUCACUUCGCAAGUACCUGCAUAAUAUUAUAAAUAUUAAAUUGUAAUUUAUUGUUUAUUAUUAUUUAGCAUAAUAUACUGUGUAGACAUAAUAUUACGUAGUAGUAACUAAUAACUGAUGGGAACUGACAACUGUCAACACAGAUCAAACGUGUAAAUAUUGGAAAUCUAUAUCAAUAAAAAAAAAAUUUAAUAAAAUAUAACAAUAAUCGCACACGAUAACGAUGAUACAGUGUUGUAGUUUCGUGUUCCCCCUCUUAGAAAUGAAUUAUAUUUUUUCGCUAAGGAAUUGACCGUCGCGACAUGAUAAUAAUAUUAUUAUUAUAAAUAGUAAAUACACACACACACACACACGACAGUAGAGCGUACGACACACACACACACGCACGUCGUACAGUGUCCACACGCAAUCUUGGCUGGCUAUCACGACAUCACGUCCGGUUGAUCGUCCAGCGAUGCCUGUCGAUUUGAAAUUCGCGACCGUCGACGGCAAAAAAUCGUCUGCGACCUCGACGACGACGACGACGGCGGAAGAGAACCGUCGAUGAUCGACAGCGGUACGAGCAGCAGUUGUACCAGUCCGUACGAAUAUCGCGGUAAGUCUCCGCGACGCGCUCUCAUACCGGAGCAGUGAUAACCGCUCCCGGCCAAAUCCUCUUAUUGCGUUCUUUCGUCAUCGCCGUCGGUUCCACAAUGUCGCGCUCGCGUGACUCACACACGUCGCUCCGUCAUUGAUGGUGGGCCCCGCCGUGUCGCCAACACAUUACACGCACGGCUCGACCGUGCCACACCGCGCCUUCGAUCCGUCGGUCCCAACGGCGAACGGUGGCCCGACCGUCGUAGUGGUCCCGCACGACUGACCUGACUCUGCUUGUUUUUUGUCUGUUUUUCCGGCACUGGUGCAGACCGCUAUGCCGUUCCCACCUCCUCCUCCGCCGCCGCCGCCUUCAACCCUCUCGGGCCCACCGCCGCCGCCACCGCCAUCGUCCGGACCGCCAGCGUUUGGUGCCAGCCCGGGCAAGAAGGGCGGCAACCCGUUGCAGGCCAGGGACCAGCUGCUGCAGUCCAUCAGGCUCGGCAAGCCCCUGAAGAAGACCGUGACCAACGACAAGAGCAGCCCGCUCGUCAACAAUUCACCAAAAACACCUGUAAAAUGUAAUGGUACGGUAAAAAACGGAGAAAUGAGUUCUAUAGCUGCACGAACACCUAAUGGCUUAGCAGAGUUGUUUGCUGGAGGCAUGCCUAAACUUAAACCAACUGGAUUAGCAACAGGACAAUCGAGAACUCAAACACCACAAACUAAUAAUUUAUCACCGGUCUCAUUGUUUAAUCAAACAACUGCAAACUCUUCUCCUUCUAAUACAAGUACUCUUCCAUUACAGAAAAAAAAUGAUGGCAUAAGAAAAAUUCAAAAUGAUAUAAAAUCAAGAGGACCACCUCCACAACCACCACCAUUCAAUCAAAAACCAACUAUUCCUUCAAGUACUUCCGAACCUGUUUCAAUUAUACCUCCCGGUGUUGGUCACAACCUGACAGGCAGUGUUCCUAGUCUGGUGUCUGAUAAUGUAGCUGGCAGAGGUCCUCCUCCAGGUGGAUAUGGCAAACCAAAUGUAGCCCCAAAACCUCCAUCUAUCAGGCCAGCCGUGCCUACAAAGAAGUCAACGUUAACAGUUAGUUCAACAAAUUUAGUAUCUGCAGCUGAUGGGCGAAAUCUUGUUUCUAGAGCACAAAGUAUGAGGAUACCAAAAACACCUCCAGUUGCUCCAAAUAGUCAACCACCUCAAUUCAAUAACAUGACCAUCAGUAGUAAAAAUCAAUUACCUUCUUUCCAUCAAUCACAAGACAGUAUUUUGAGGAGUUCUCCAAACCCUCCACCAAAUGGCCAGUGGGGAUCACGGACGUUACGACCCAUUAAACAUCCAAAUACUAGGCCACCACCUCCACCCAUUAAGGCGCCUUUGAAUCCACCUGUUUGUGCUCCGCCGCCACCACCACCACCACAUCGGAGUGGGCCUCCUCCACCACCACCAAAUGUACCCCCUCAUAAAAGCUACCAAAAUAACAAUGUAAUUAAUGGAGCUCCCCCAACACCUCCAACACGUCAUUCUUCUAUGCGAAAUGGACCAACUUCUGUUUUGAGCAUGUCUCUUUUGGAGGAAAUGGAAAUGAAGUUUUCUACCAUGUUCAAGCCAAUGGUUAGGAUUCCAUCGCCUCCAAUUUUCCAAAGAGUCGAUAAAAUUUAUAAUAGCAGACUAGUCGUUGCAAAACACCAAGCUCCUAAGCCACCAGGCUAUUGAACAGUGUAAUUUGUUUUGCUCAAGUAUGAAAGAAAUGUUGGACUUUAUUCCAAAUAUUUUACUUUAUACAUAGGUUUGUAUGUUAAAUAUUUUUUUCCUCGUGACGAAACUAUAUUUUUGCUUGUACAAGUACAAUAUUAUUUCUUUUAAACCAAAGGCAUUAUUGUGAUAAAGAUAAUUUGAAAGUAUCAUUAAUGGUGAAGAAAAAGAGAAAAGUAUUUAUUUUUUUUUGUCUUAUAUUUUUGUUUUUACAUGAAUUAUUCCAACAAUAACUUUAUACAAUACUAUUGUUAUUGAUAUUAUAUUUUUAGAUAUACAUUUUAAGUUUAAAUUAUAACAUUUUGAAAAGAAAUAAUUUCCCAAAAAUUUGUGAUAAUAUUUUGCACUUGUUAUUGUACUAAAUGUUGUGCUUUUAUUUUUAUACUUAAAAGUUAAAACCAUGGUUUUUUUUAAUGUAAAUUAACCAAGUUUAUUAGUUUAUUUUAUGUGGUUUUUACUGCGUUAUCAAUUAGAACAUUUUUAAUUCUUCAAAAUUAAUUUGCCUAUUUGGCGUUAAGUUUUUUACCAUAUUGGACAAAAUUCAGUCAAUUUCUUUUGUUUGUUAUGAUUUAGCAUUACGUUUGCUAAGAGGGGGGGUAAUAUAUAUUUUCUAUUUUAUUGAUAAAUUAUAUUACAUUAUUAUUUAUUGCAUAUAUUUUUAUUUUACUUAAUCUCUCCUAGUCAUAAAUUUAGAUAGAUAAUUGUGUGUACACUUGCAUUGUAUAUAAUCAUUAGGGAAAGGGUUAAUGAAAAUUAUAUUGUUGAAUAAAAUUUAAAACAUAAAUAUAAUCAAAAACAACCAACAUAAAUUUCCUAUGAAAUUUGUUUGGUCUUUGUAUCAUCACAUAGACUAUAA